ACGUCAUCUAAUUUGUUAUUGGCCAGUUGACGUUGACAAAAUGAAUGGCAAAUUUUAUUGUUCGACGCUUUCCCGAAGCGGCGAGUAACUUUCUGACUUCCAACUCAAGGACCGAAGAGCCUGCUGUGAGCCGUGACCGCGCUGGAGAUGGGGGACCAGGAAGCGCCUCAGUUUGGAUCCGUGGAGGAAGAACUGGAGCACUGGAAGGAGGAGGCGGCCCGGCACCAGCAGAUUGCGGUGGAAGCGCAGGAGGAGCUGCAGGAGUUCCAGCAGAUGAGUCGGGACUACGAGGUGGAGCUGGAGACGGAGCUGAAGCAGCUGGAGGCCAGGAACCGCGAGCUUCUCUCAGCCAACAACCGUCUGCGCAUGGAGCUGGAGAACUACAAGGACAAGUACGAGACGCAUCACUCUGAGGCGUGCCGACAGAUCUCCAACCUGGAGGGAGACCUGGCCGAAACCGCGGCCGUCAGAGAUCAGCUCCACAAGUACAUCAGGGAGCUGGAGCAGGCCAACGACGACCUGGAGAGGACCAAGAGAGCGACCAUCAUGUCUCUGGAGGACUUUGAGCAGCGGAUGAACCACGUCAUAGAGAGGAACGCCUUCCUGGAGAGCGAGCUGGACGAGAAGGAGAAUCUCUUGGAGUCGGUUCAGAGGCUGAAGGAUGAAGCCAGAGACCUUCGGCAGGAGCUCGCCGUGCAGCAGAAACAGCAGGUCCAGGACAGGAAGCCGUCCAUCAGCAGCUCCGUCAAAGAGCCUUCGUCCUCUUCGUCGUCGACCGGGUUGCCCACCCCACCUCUCACCCCCCCAGACAGCAGGAUGGAGGAUAAAUCCUCGGCUCCGCCCAGACCUGUAGCCUCCUCUGAGGACGUCAGCACGGCGCCGCCCUCCGCCAGCAGAGCUGAAAGCAUCUCUGCGAUUCCUCUCACCACGUCGGCGAGAAUCUCUGCUCUGAACAUCGUCAGUGAGCUGCUGAAGAAAGUCGGGAGCCUGGAGUCGAAGCUCGCGUCCUGUCGGAAUUAUGUCAACGAGCAGACGGCGAACCGCAGACAGCACAGCGCAGGAUCUGGAUCAGCGCCGGCCCAGAGCAACCCAUCAGAGACCCAUCCCACCAACGGCCUCUACAACAAGGGUCUUGUGAAGAGGCUGGACUUUGGUGCAGGAUCCAAGCUGCUGCUGUGAACCCGACCCGACCUCUCCGUCUCCUCUUAGCGGGUCAGGAUGGUCCAAACCUCACCUGGACUCGGUCGGUACCUGACGGGCCUCACUGACACCGAGCAGCUGAGGCUAAACGGAUGGAGGUUUAGUUCGUCUUUUAUCAGGACUUCUUCUUCAGCACUUGCACUUGUCUUGAACGUUCGUUCUGGACUUUUAGUUCCGACUCCCUGAGUCUGGAUUUGAAGACAUAUUUUUAUGUGUUCAGACUGAAUGAGAAGCUAAACUCAUUAGUUGAUUAAAACAGUGAAAGUUU